AUGUCUUCUCUAGGAAAUAUCCAAGUCAAGCUUUCAGAUGGAAGGGAUCUCACUGAGCUCUUCCAAUUCUUAAUUGAAGAAAAUGCCCGCAUGGAAGAAGAAUAUGGAGAACCUAUCGAUAUCCUUGAUGAUGACCUUGAACGAAACUUAGAAUACUUACCAGAACAUUUCCGCGAACUUUGUCGUGAUAUUUUCACAGUAAAAAGUAAAGACUCAGUCUAUAAAUUUGACGAGCCUGACCUGCCUUGUAACGUCGAAUUUUCGCCUGAUCAAGAGCUUGUAGGUGCCACAUUUUUGAAGCUGAUUGAAAAAAUCACUGAUGAAGGGACAACUGAGCUUUCUAAUAUAGUCUUUUAUACGUUUCCUAUUUACUCGUCUCCUAAAGAACUUUUGGAAGCAUUAAUAUGGAGACAUAGUGUACCGAGUCCUCCUCUUAUGUCAGCUAGUGAGUUAAAAGCUUUCCAGACAAAAAAAGUUCGGAGCAUCCAGAGUAAAGUAGCGAGUUUAUUGAAAAAGUGAAUAAAAUUAUGGCCUAUGCAUUUUAAAGAACAAAAAGGAAUUAAAGCAAUGCUGCAGAGGUUUUUGGAAGAUUUAAGGGAUUCUACAACGGAUCCAUUUACUAAAACGAAUUGUAAACCAAUUUUACAGUCUUUGGCAAGUUUAGAUGAAGAAGAAAAAGAAAAUAAAUGCACUUUUGGAGACUUAAGAGAGCCUCCUCCGCCUCAACUUCCAAAAGAAAUCGACUUCAAAAUGGAGCCACUUUUGUUAUGAAGCCCAACAGAAAUUGCAAGACAGUUAUCAUUGAUAGAAAGUGACAUGCUAAAAGCAGUAGGAAUUGGUGAACUUUUAUCAAGAAACUGGGAAAAAAAUGAUAGAGAAACAUUAGCACCAAAUGUUUUAGCAAUUUCUAAAAGGUUUUCAGGCUGCAGAGGACUGAUUUUGAAUGCAAUUAUUUCGCAAUCUGAUAUGAAUAAUCGAGUGAAAAUUAUUAAAAAGCUUUUAGAAGUGGCAACUGAGUGUUUAACUGCAAUUUUUAACUUUGAAAGCCCUUUUAUUAUCAAUUCAGCCUUAAAAAGCGACACCAUAAGAGCUCUGGACGCUACUUGUAAAGAAGUUAAAAAAAGUGCAACUCAUAGAGGGAUGUGGCAAAGACUUGAAGAAAUUUAUGACUCGAAUUUCACUGCAGUAAGACAAGAAAUGGUAACAAAUCCCUGCAAGGUGCCUUGCUUUUUAGCAUUGAGGCAGGAAUUAAAUCAAAAUGAUAUAAGAAGAAAGGAUAGGCUUGAAUCUGGAUUAAUAAAUGUUCUCAAACAUAAAUCAACUGCAGACGUAUUAGAAAGAAUAACUAACUAUCAGCAGCAGUUAUUGGUGUUCCAUCCAAUAAAAAUUUUAUAUCAAUAUUUAAAGGCCCAAGAUUUCCAAUGUGAUGAGGACGCAUUAUUUAGACAAGCAAAGAUACUUGAGCCUGUAACUAACUAA